UUUAGUAUGUACAAACGCUUUCAACUCAAAUAUAACGAUAAACGAAAACCAAACGUAGUUAACACUUUUGCGAACGAUAUUUACACCAAGUCCAGCUUCAUCCAUCAAUAGCAUAGCCUGCCGAUGUUGUUGUUGUUAUUCGAUUUGUUGUUGUUGUUGUUGUAGUAGUAGUUGUUGUUGAAGUUAAAGUUGUGAUCGAGUAUAACAAAUUUCAUAUAACAGAUAAUGCAUGAGUGUCAAAAGUAUAGCAUUAGAGUAGAGACAGAGAUGGACACACAUCAAUAGGCAGAAAGAGAGGCAGUGAGUACACAAAAAAAAAACAUAAAAAAAGAAAGAGAGAGAUAGAGAGUUGUACAAGUGUUUGAGGAGUUUUUCGAUGGGGUUAAAAAUUAAAUUAAAAUAAAAUAUUAUUGUGGUGCUCUCUUAAUAUUUGCUUUAUUACACACCAGAGAACUCCAUAAGUAGUUAGAUAUAUUUAUUGGAAUUAAAACAAUCACACACCAAAGUUUAAUGGAGCAAUGAUAACGAUUGAAUGACAGCGAUAAAGAUAGCUUCUGCUCUAGGCAAUUCCCUUGUGGUUGAAAUUCUCCUUAGGAGCAGGCAAAUUUUCAGGUGAUCUCGGUUAAAUAGACAUGGAAAAGCGACAUUGGCUUUGGGCCAAGUGUAUGACAUGAGCGUUUAUUGAACGCAAAAUGUGCGAACCGCUUACCAGUACCUAGGAUGAACACAUUUUCACAAAAACACAUUUUUAAGACUCUGGAAAUUCACUUUUUAAAAAAAACAUAAACAUAAAAUAAACCAAAUAAACUAUUUCCUUUGUAAAUGUUCCUUAACAAAUUUAACUUGAAAUAUAAAUAUAAUAUAGUAGAAAAAGAGAGCUUCUGCUUGGGCGCCACUUCUUUUGGAAGACAAACAUAUCUACCACUUCUUCCAGUAUAUAUUUUGUUUCUAACUUUGAAAUCAUAGAAGAUCAGAAGGCUUUGUGCCUUUGGUUGAAUCACAACAUUGCUUGUCUCACUCACUUCUGCUCACUCAUUAGUCCGAGCUUUAUAUAUUAUAUAAUAUAUUUUUUGUAUAGUCGAGUUCGGUCACUAAGAGCCAUGUACAGUCCCCACAUCGCCCUUCUAUCGACCGUGCAGGCCAACGACUCCCGUCACCGGGCCAAGCUCCGUUUCCAGCGCCGUCCCACGGAUACCACCUUCACGGAUCCGCGUGUGGAGCAAAUGAUCGUCUACCGGGCCCUGCUGGAGCACCUGCUGCAGCAGAAGGCCCACUUUGACCAUGAACGGGAGCUGGAGCUGCAACGCCUCGAACGCUUUCGCUGCGAGGGAGCCACCGAGCGGCGACUGCAGGUGCAGGAGCAGGUGGUCAAGAAGGUUCAGGCCAUGAUGCCGGGCAUCGUGUUCAAAAUGCGCAACGAGGUGGACAAGCUAAAGCGCUUCUUUGACGGCGACAAGGAGCAGGAGAUUCGCCAGCUGGACACCGCACUCUACGACCAUUGUCGCGAUCUCCUCAAGAACUGCCAGCUUCUCCUGGACAAUCUACAUUGAUUCGUCAAAUUAAAUGUUACCGUUCCCAUUAUCGUUCAGCAUGUCAAAUUAAUUUGUGCCAAAAAAAUACAUAACACGAAACCAGCCCUCAUUACACUCAAAUAAAACAGUCACUAUUAAAAAACAUUAAAAAAACAUAUUUUCUAUACCUAAAAAUAUCCUAAAUAUUCUCUUUCUUUUGUGUGAAUUUCCAAAGUUUAGGAAUGUAGUUUUUAAAUGCAUCCAUUUGAUUUUGAAGAUCAAGUUAUAUAUACAAAGGCCCAAG